CAGAUAUUAGAGAUUCGUGCCGCGAGCGAAGUAAAUGAAGGACUAGAGAAUAAUUUCCGUGUGGAUUCUUCAAUCCUGCUUGGACCAACGUGUCGUCUCAGAAAAUUUAUCUUUUGUCCUAAUAAUUGAGAAAUAAGGGCAUAACAAUUGUUUGUAAUUUGAAGCUGAUAAAAAUAAAUAAUAUUUAUAGCAGAAAUGCAGUGGGUAUGAAUUUUAGGAAAAGUUAAGAUGUCAAGUGACAGUGAUUAUACUUGUCUGGUACGUCGUCAUACUCACAAACGCAAGAAAAUUGUCAUAAGUGACAGUGAUAGCAGCGAUGACUCUUUUAUUGAUAUAACUCGGAGGAAAAAGAAGAUAUAUAGAGUCAUUAAAGAGUCAUCAGAGGAAAGUAGCAGUGACGAUAGUGAUGUACCUAAACCUGUGAUUAGACGACAAAACCAUAGAGUUAUUAGUGAGGAUGAAUCUAAUUAUGAUAGUAGCGCAUCAGAGGCAAGCAAAUCCACUCAGAGUGAUAGUAGUAGCACAUCCGAAUGGCAAAGCGAUUGGAAUAGCUCUGAUGAAUUGAACGAAGACUGUAAGAAACACAAUGCUAAGCAUAAAGUUUUAUCUAAAAUAAAGAGGGAGGAAGCUGGUAAACCUGGUCCUUCCUCAUCAUCCAAUGCCGAUGUCCACUCUGAUAGCAAUGAUGAACAUUCGGAGAAAUGUCCUAUAUGCCUACUGCCAUUUAGAAAACAGCAAGUUGGUACACCAUCUGCUUGUGACCACUGCUUUUGUUUAGAUUGUUUAUUGGAAUGGAGUAAAAAUAUUAACACUUGUCCUGUGGAUCGUCAAUCUUUCACCGUCAUCCAUGUUAGAGAUAAUCUCGGAGGCAAGAUCAUAAAACAUGUACCAAUAGAAAUCGUACCACGUAUUGAAAAUCAAGCACCAGAUGAUCCAACAUUUUGUGAAGUGUGUCAUCAAAGUGACAGGGAAGAUCGAAUGUUACUUUGUGACAGUUGUGAUCGUGGCUACCAUUUGGAAUGUUUAACACCUCCAAUGACUGCAGUUCCUAUAGAGGAAUGGUUUUGCCCAGAUUGUACGAAUCGAACAAAUGAUAGAGUGUUUGUAACACACUUUUUGCCAACUCUUAUGAUGUCACGACGUCCCGGUCGGCGUAUUCUUCAAUUCGGAAACGAUAGUGGCUUAGGCAUAUUUCGUAGAAUAUUUCCUCAUAUUCGCGAUGUUGAUAAUGAUCGUACGUACGUACCUGGUAGAUACCUUCGCAAUCGCGCCCGCGAAGUGCACGAUCACACUCCAGCAGACAUUCCCGAGCAACUUAUCGAUCCGAAUAUGCCAUCUACUUCGUCUGGCCUCGAUUCGAUUGGUGACAAUAGUCGAAGUCGUUCUCCAAACACUAGUUUAGAGGGUAAUGCUUCUUCGUCUACACGCUCGAACAAAAAAUCCAAGACUAAAACAACGAAAAGAAAAAAAAGGAAGGUCAUGCAAAACUCCAAGAGAAACAGCAGUAAUGUAGUUCGAGAGGUGCGAAUCACAGAAUUGAACGAUGAUGGCGAAGAGGAGGAGAUAGUAACAUAUGUCAAAGUCGCAUCAUCCACAUCGAGGAGGAAGUGUAAGAAAAGAACAAAGAAAACGCGCAAGAGGAGAAAACACAAACGACGAGUGCGUACUGUAGCAUCUAUGCUGGCUAGUAAACAUACAGUAAAAAGAAGAUUGGCCUCCACACUUGGUAUACAGAAGCCAAAAGUGCCGCAGUUUGUACCUACCAUGAAAAAUAAUAUUUCUAUUCCUGAGAAAAGCGCUCUCAUAAACGCCAGAUAUAGCGCCGGUAUACCCCAAGUCAGUCUUUUUGGGAAUAAUCUGGGAAUAGAUUACAGUCCACCUGGGUCGGACGACGACAAUGAAUAUUCCAUUGGAAACGGUCCACUGAUAAAUGUACGACAGCGACGAUCGGCAGUACCAUCGAUCAGACGUCGCACUAUUUUAAAAACUAUCGCCAAUCCGAUCGAUGAAAUAGAGAAUGCGAGCGCGAUGGAUCUGUUGAGUAGCAUAAUGAACAAUCAAGAGUUGUGGCAUUCGACCAAGAAGAAGGACGAUGUGAUCCUGAAGGCCGAUGGUACACUGGUGGUGAAUAAUCCUGAUAAGGAGAAUAAACACAGCAUCAAUAACAAUGAAAGUCCGAAGAAGGAGAAGCACGAUGAAGAAAAGGUUACGCGGCGCAAAGAGGCGAAUCAUUUGAAGGUGGUAGACACACCGCUGGAUCUAUCUAAUGUCAAUCCCAGUGAUAUAACACAGGCGCCAAUGUACAAUAAUCCCUGCGGCGGCAGUGGCGGUGGUGGUGGCGGCAAUCGGGGCAACUUCCGGGGUGGCUAUGGCCGCGACAACAGUGGCCGACACGGAGGCCACGGAGGGCAAAGCUACGGCAGCGGUCGCGAUUCGCUACCGCCAGGCGGUAGACACAGCUACAGCGGCGGAACCGGCAGUGGCGGCCCGCGGGACAACUUCGGGAACCGCGACUUUGGUCCGCCGCCGUUCUACAAUCUCAAUUUCGAGCACUGCGGCGGACCACCCAUGUUUGGUGCCCACGCGCCGCCGCCGCCGUUCCGCAGCCGUAAUCCGCAGCAUUUCCGAAACGAGCGGUUGCGUUUUCCGCCGCCGCCACCUCCGCCCAUUGAGCGACCGUUUAAUUAUACGGACGGUGGUAGCAGCGGUUUUGAAUCCAGACCGCCGUUUCCGCACGCAACGGAUCGAUUUCCCAGGCCCAGGCCGCCUUCAUUGAGCAUACCGCCUGCCGGUGGUUUACCCAUCGCACCGCCAAACGCGCCGCCAGAUCCCCUGAACGUGCAACCGCCGACGCACAAUAACCUAUCUUCGGUCAAUCUAUCUGAGGACACGACGCGAAACUAUCGGUCCUCCCCCGAGCAGAAUGAUCGCAUUGUAGUGCCGGAACCUGUAGCCGCGCCAACUACUACGCGCCAGGACAACGACGACUGCGACAUUUACUGCGAUAUCGAGCCGCCGUCCAAGCCUGAUUGUGAGGUACAGGAGGAACUUCAUAGCAACGGUUCGAUGAUUCUGUUGCCACCACCGGAACCGCCGUCCGGCUUGUUAGAUUUUGAGGAAAACUCCAGAAGCGACAAAGACAACGAUAGCGAGCAGGAGUUGGUGAUCGAUGACAGUCAUAAGGAAGACACGCCGAAAGAUCUGCCGACAAGCGGUGACAAGUAUGAUCCAUUCGCCGCCGACAGUGAUAGCAACGACGAUGCUGCUGCUGCUGCUUCGAUAGAUGAGAAGAUGGUGCUCGAGAAAGUACAAGUAUCGCGAAACAACCUGGAUAGUUGUAACAUACCGAUGCCGGUUGCGUCAUUAUUGAGUUCCACCACGAGUUAUCCUUCGAUGCCAACAGUUGCCGUUACGACGACUGCUGAAAGUAGAGAACUGCCACAGGAACCCAUUCGGCUCACCGCGUACGAUGACGAUGACGACAAUGACUCUCAGUCAGACUGUCCGAAUUUUUCCAUUUACUCGUCGCAGACUAUGGAUGUGGCCAGACACACGGAACAGGAACUAUCGCAGCAGCUCGGACCGCUUCAACCGCCGCCGUUACCGCCUAAUAUCCCCGACGAUGAUGAUAUAAUCGUGGGGGAUAUCCAAGCGUGCGAUCUACCGGACGUGCCUCCAGAACCUGCCGAUCCUUAUCUCGAGGCGCUCCAGAAAGAGCGACAAACUCUGAGUAAGAUACCACCGAAAAAAAUUUCGCACGAUUCGCACCGUGGCAAGAUUACCUUCAAAAUCGGCUACAAAUUGAGACUAAACAAUCGGCUGAGUGGGCUGCACUCCGACGAUCACAAUGUAAACUCGCAGAACGCGAGUUUUCAUCAGAAAAAAGCAGCGGCAGUGGUGCCGCCGAUCGACGACCAGCAGCAGCAAGAACGAGAUGGUGACAAGAAUGUCAGUCCAUCCAAGUCAACAAUGGAAUCCACGGCAAUAAGAUCGUCGAUAGCGAUAAACCAAUUGAUAGGACCACGACUUGCAGAGGAGGACGAAAAGAAUAUUUCGACGGAAAUCGCUACGCCAAGCUCGCUUAAAAAGAAGAAACCACUCCAAUUUCCUAGUCAACACGAGAGCGAAGAGCUCGGUUCGGAGAGUUCAUCUGACGAGGAAGCUGCAAAGACGGACGAAACGAAAUCGAGACGUAUCGAUGUCGCGUCGCCCAGCAGGAAAGAAGAGGAAGACAGCGAACGGGAAACGUCACCGCGAGUAGCAGCGACGGCAGAUGAAAACAUUGCAGUCGCAGAGAGUACAGUGUCGUCCGCUUUUCGGUUAUCCCCAAGAAAGUUGGAUGACGGCGAACUGAAUAUAGAAUGCAACUCGCAGGAUUUGGAAGGCGAUAAUGCAACAACGAGCAAAGCCGCAUUGAGCCAUUCGAGCGAUGUAUUACGAAGCGAAGCGAGCGCGUGCGAUGACGACUCGCAGGAGCGGGAGUCAAGUAGCGAAGAUUAUGAUCGUUCGCCGAGCAGCCGUAGUGACAAACUCGCUAAAAUGGAUUGCGACGAUAAGGAUGAUGAUGACAAAGCGUCGAGUGAUCCUAAUGAAGAUCCGAAUUCGUCGGAUCAGCGGCAGGAGAAGGCGAGCUUCUCGACGGAGAUGGUGGUGGACGACGAGAUCGAGCAAUUCCCGAUAGAAAAGGACAAGUUGGAGGACGAGCCGGCUGCGCCGGCCGACAGCAACUGGGACUCGGAUGGCGCUUAUACCCCUUGCAAAGACGAGUUACCUGUGAGGGAUGAGGGUGCGCAUGCAUCGGAGCGACGUGCGGCGUCGUUCGAGGUCGGUUUGGAGCCGAUCACCCCAACGAAGGAUAAGACGAAUGACGACCUCGACGAUUGUAGGACACCGCCAGCGGGUUACGCGGAAUUAGGCACUGAGGCCAUUUCCGAAACCGAUGAGGCGAUAAAUUUCGAAGAGGAAUUAAACGCCUUGGCGUUACGCAAAGAAAAGGAGAUGGAGGACGGUGAAAUACCGGAUGAGAGCAAACUGAACGCGAAGGAACGCGAAAAAUCCAAGGAAGAGAAAGAAGAAGAGGACAGCAAGAGAAAGAAGAAGAAGGAUAAGAAGGAAAAGAGCAAAGAAAGUACGGAAAAGAACAAAGAAAACAUUUCGUCGGAUAAUCUGGUCUCGUGGAAAAAGCUCUCGAAGAGCACGAAGGAAAGACCGUACCGCGACAAGGACAAACGAUCCAAGUCGAAGGAGAAAGAGAAGGAUAAAGAUAAGGAUAAGUCUUCCAAGAAAAAAACGAAGGAGGUGGGUAAGAAGAAGGAGAAGAGAAAGGAGCUUCCACGAUACGACGUGAGGAAGAUCGUGGCCGAGAAACCGUCUCGACCGAGAAAGGAUGAGUACGGUAGAGAUAUCAGGGAGAAGUCGCGAAGUAGAUCCAGAAGCCGCUCGUCGGACAAGAUUCGGUCGGGCUCAAGGGAUCGACGGAGUCGAUCAUACUCGAAGGGACGAUCCAGGAGCAGAUCUCGUCUUCGAUUGUCCUCUUGGUCGAGAGAUCGCGGUCGAUCAUAUUCCAGAUCUUGCCGUUCAAUCUCACGCAAGAGGUCAUCAUCCCGUACAAAACGCAAGACUUCGCGAAGACGAUCCGUUUCGCGUAGACGAUCUCUAUCGAGGCGACAUUCGGUUUCUCGAAGACGAUCGCGAUCACUGUCGCGUAAGCGACAACGGUCGCUGUCACCUAGGCGACGAACCCGGCGAUCGUUGUCGAGGUCACGCGACAAACGGAAGGAUAAGAUAAAGAAAUACAAGUCACGCAGUCGCUCGAGGAAUCGCAAGAGAUCGCGUAGUAAGUCGCCGAAGAGGAUGUCGUCCAAGUCGCGCGAAAAGAAACACAGCAAGAGGAAGAUACACAGCCGAUCCCGGUCGAAGGGUAGAUCAAUCUCGCGAGAUCGGGAUCGCAAUAGAAAUUGGGAUCAGCUAAAUGAGAAAAGUGUAGACCACGAACAGCAAUUUCCACGUGAGCGAGAAGAGCACGAGCGUUCAUGGAGCGCGCAAUGGACACCGUCUUGGUCGCGAUCGAGAUCUAAAACGCCACCGCACAUCCAACAAGAGCAAAUUGGGUCGCGCAACUGGUCGCCACCGCCCGUGCUAAAUAGCGUAUCGCCGAAGAACUUGACCGUCAUACUGACAAACAAGGAAGCGAUAAAGAAGAAGAAGAAAGAGCGCCGGAAAGAGAGCCGAAAGUCCAAGGAGAUUGAAAAGCGGCGGAAGAGCAAACGCAACAGAACUCCGCCACCAUCCAAGGAAGUAUUCGCUAGCGGUGAUAACAUACUAGUAAGCGUGUGCUUUAACAAGGAUAACGAGACGAAUCCGGUAAAUAUGCCGGAAUUGCCUCAAACGAUUCCUUUGGUGCCACCGAUAAAACGCCGACGAAGAGAGUCAGUUCAGACAGAGUCCUCCGUACCUUCCGCGAAGCGAUCGAAGAAGGAGAAAACGAAGGACAAACGAUCCAAGUCGCCUAAAGUGAAAAAGGACAAGAAGAAGAAAUCCAAAGCAGCGGAGAUCGCGGCGACGAAGAAACCCGUGGCUGUCAUCGAUCUGGACCAGUCGCCGUUCCGUGAGCAAACGCCAUCACCGCGUGAUGUUAUUGUGCUGAGCGACGACGAUGACAAACAAGCGCAGGAAGCGCUUGCUGCCUCACCGGAGCAGUGCCCGCCAUCACAGGCGUCGCCGCCACGCGAACAGUUUGUCUCACAGGGCCCAAAGACGCCGCCGGAGCCGCAGAUAAAGUUCUCCAUAAACAAGCAACCUAGCAAUCUCAGACCGUCCUUAAUAAAUCCCCUGCUGGAGGAGGAAGAGGAAGAAGAAGAAGAGGAAGAAGAGGAAGAAGAGAUGAUAGACGAGCGGGUGGAGGAAGAGCUGGAGAUGCGGGCACAGGAGGAGCUGGAGCUACGUCUAAAGAUCGGGCCCAACACACCCCCUGAACCACCCACGUCUCCGCCAACUUCGCCGGAUGCAUAUGAUCCUUUCGACCCGACCAAGUCUCGAUCUCCGACACCUGAUGCGAGUCAAGAAGCUACGCCAAACGACGAUCGCGAUCGGGCGCAGCGUAAUUCGCCGAGAAAGCAUGACGGAACAGUGGACACUCCGUUGCCAUUGGAUGAACCGAACCAACAGCAGGAUCAGCCCAAUCAGGAGAAACCGAUUGAGAAACCAAAGAUAAUAUCAAUGGUGACUAUCAAGAGACCAUCGCCGCAGAGGGACGUCUCUGCGUCUUCUCCUGUGCCGGAGAAUCAAACUGAUAUAGCUCAAUCGUGCAACAGCCCUCCUCCCAAGACUCAGCAAAAUCCACAAUCGAAUGUGCAAUCGGCGGCCAAUCCGUUCGCUACCAUUAAUCCUGUGCUAGCAACGGUGGCGGCCGCGGUGCAGAGAAGCUUCAAUACCAACACAACUAAUACCACGCAGAGAACGUUGUUACAGUCUAAUCGUAUCUCGCCGAGCAAUCAGAUGAAACAACGUACAAACGACAGGCCACAGCUUCCUAAUGUAUUCGCGAAUUCUGCAAAGUCAUCCACCAUGGGACGAUCGUCCAAAUCUACCCAGAGUAAAAACAGUUCGACGAUAGGUCAGAACGGCAGCGACGCGCCAAUAGAUAUGACGAACGACAACGUCGUUGAUAUGUCAUCGCCGUAUUCACCGGGGUCGACCCUGAGCGAUGGUCUCUUUGAUCCUCCUAGCCCCGCCAACUUCAAUAACUCGCCCGUUGCAAACGCACCACCGUUACCAGCCGCUACUAAAACAACCACGCCGAAGGUUAACAAGAGCGCGGAGAAGAAGGACGCCUUCGACGCACUGUUCGGUGGAAUAUUGCCUCCCGUCAAAACUACAACCAAGAAUAGAAGCAAAAAAGUCACCAAGGAAAAGACGAAAAAGUCUACCAAUCCCAAAGUUGGCGUACGUAUGGACGAAAAUCAGCUCCAAAUCCUGGACGAUCUACCUAGUUCUGCUGUGGAAAUGCAAGUUAAGGACAAGUUUCUCAAGAAACUAAACCGACAAGAGAGAGUAGUGGAGGAAGUGAAAUUAGUUCUUAAACCCCAUUACACCAAAAAACAUGUGACAAAAGAAGAAUACAAAGAUAUCAUGCGCAAAGCUGUACCUAAGAUAUGUCAUAAUAAAACAGGCGAAAUCAACCCUAAAAAGAUAGCGCAUCUAAUAGAAGCAUAUGUAAGAAAGUGUCGAAACAACAAGAAGAAGACUUCUUCUGCCAAGAUAACAAAACCUACGAAGACUCUAUGGAGUUGAUCACGUAUUGGCAAUCCUAGCGCAUUAGAAAUUUCUUCAUCGUUAGGCGCCUCUUCUUAAACCUUAAAACACAUUCUAUCUUCUGAGUGGUAAGUGAAUCAGCAACGUAUAUACAUAUACAUAUAUAUUGACGAGCGCAACAUGUAUUGUGUGUACAUACAUAAUUCAUUAUAAUUGUAUAAGCGUAAUAUUUUUAUUUAUCUGUUUACAUAUGAGAGAGAGAGAGAGAGAGAAAGAACGAACGAACGAAUGAACGAUCGAGCAAGUAAAGAUUCGUGUGAGUGAUUGCUAUUAUUAAUAUCCACAAAUAUUAACGUUUAAACACGACGUUCGCGCGUAUAUUUGCGAAGGCGCUCGACUAUGUGUGUGUGUGUGUGUGUACGAUCUUUGUCCGAAAAUAUAUGGCCGUACAUUAUUGCGGUGCCUCCCAAAUUCGGAUUCGGAGAUCUCGAUCAACGAUCCUUAAACUAGGAAAUAUAAUAGUGUACGAUAAGGUCAUAUUUAGAGAAUGUGAGAUUGUAAUCCAGAGAAAAACAGAAGAAUACUCGAGAGCAAUUCGAAUCGCUAUAUACGGGAGAGAAAAUAGAUCGCCAGCUAUGUAUUUUCCCAAACAACAUCUGCACUGUAAAAUUAAUAGAUUCUUAAACUUACUAUUAUACAUAAGUAAAUAUGGCCUGUGGAAGUCUUUUUCAUACAAGUUUAUUUCAAUAAGCAAGAUAUAGAUACGGUAACUUGGUUACUAUUUAUACUCUGUAAACGGAUGAUUUCACACAUACACAUACAUAUGAUGUACAUGUUUUUAUUGAUCAACAAAUUCAAUGUAAAUAUAAAUCAUAUAUAAAAUUGCCCCAAGAGCAUCAUCUUCGUAUGUGAAUCUGAUUUUAGCUUGUGUUUGCCUUUGACUCAAGUUGCAUGUCUGCUAUUCCAAAGGGAUGUUUUUAUAUUACGUUUUAACGCUGCAAAAGAAUUGUAGAACAUCGAAAUCUCUCUCUAUAAUUUGUUUCAUUUAUAUAUUUCAAAGAAAAAAAAAGAAUGUACUGUCUUGUGGAUACCGUAAAUCAUAUUUACGUCUCGUGUUAAGCACCAAAUACGGUUGUAUAAUUCACGGCUCAAGUAAUGAUUAAUUAUAUAUUAUUGCAUUACACACACACACACACACACAUACUCGCGCACAUACACAUGCAGUGAUAUGAUACUAAUAAAAUACAAACCCGUAUUAAAAGGAGCACAUGAGACGUGUGCAUGUUUACCUGUGCAUGUAUUUCUAAGAAGAUAGGAUGCGAUCACCGUAAAAUAUUCUCCACUUUUUGAAAGGCACUUGAUGUUUCAAAAUGCAAAAUGUGUAAUGCGUUGAAAUAGAAAUGUAAUCGUCAAUCGUGAGUUUUUACGCCGAUAGUAAAAUAUUAUAAACAGCGUGCACGCGCUAUGGUUAAAACUUUUUUGCAUAUAAAAGUCUUAACAGAAUACAGUGUAUGUCCGUUUUAAAGAUUAAUAUAUGGUGUAUUUCUUUAACUGAUAAAAAUAUAAAAUUAAUUCUAAAACAUAAUAAAAAGAAAAAAAAAAAAAGAAAAAAUCUGAUCAUCUAUUUCAUGUUUUAAAGGAACAAUUGUAUAUAUUAAUAAUGAAAACGGGCAUUCUCUAUGGAAAUCUUAAUAUUGGAGAGUAUUGUUGUGUUAUAUAAAUAUACACAUACAUAUUUAAUGCUAGCUAACAACAUGUAAAAUUCUGUUGUACAUUUUACAACCGAAUUGUAUGCUCAUGUCGUACAAAACACUAUGUGGAUAAGUUUUAUACUUUUUAUGCGUAAUAGCGGAAAUUGCAUCCUCUUUGGAACAUAUACAUAUGUAUAUGGAUAUGACACUGUGGCUGAUGAAUUUGAGCGAAAUAUGUGACGAACUUUAUCAUAGAAUAUUCAGUAAAACGAUGUUAAAUCCAUGUCCUUCGGUACGUUCGAGAAAAACUCGUUAAUUCUUGUGUGUAUGAACUCUCUUUUGUACUAAAUAGUAAUGUACAUAAACGAAAGGAGAAUAAAGAGUUUAAUAUUAUCAAA